AUGUCGUCUCAAUCCAAAGUGAUGAGCAACAGCACUGAAGACCCUGACCUGGUAAUAACAGAGGAAGAGCUCAGUAAUGGCGCCUGUGAAGUUGAGACUAUGGUGGCAUUACACUGUCCUGGUGACAGUGGAGAUGUUACUGGUGAGGGUGACCAUCUUGCUCUAAGCAAUGAUGACAUGUCAGAGUUUUCUAACAGUGACCUCUCUCUCCCUGAGGUCUGCAUUUCCACCAACAGCAAUAGCUUUGAAGAGGAUAUGAACUAUGAGGUGCAGCAAGCUUAUAGGAUAUUCACAGGCUUUCUCUUGGACAAGCACAAAGGGAUCACCAGCCCAUUCCUCAAUCCCAUCGGCCACCAAGAGGCCCAGCAUGGUAUCGGAGGGGUCCGGGGUCGGGGUCAGGCACAGCUCAGGCAGUCGAUGUGCUUACGGAGGAUGGAGGAAAAGUUCAUCAGCCAAGAGUAUGAGACCAUAACAGAGUUUGUUGCAGACUUCAGGCUGAUGUUGGAGAACUGUUAUCGCUACCAUGGGGUGGACCACUGGAUCUCCAAACAGGCUCAAAAGCUGGAAAUCAUGCUGGAGCAGAAGCUUACAUUGCUAUCCAGGGCGCUGCGAGAGAAGACAACCUUGGCAGUGACUUCUAAAGGACGUUUUGGUGCAGAAGAGGAACGGGGAUCAGGGGGCACCUCCACAAGACGGAGACUGGCACCUCGAAGCCUGGCUACUAUCACUGUUGGUGGGCAUGAGUCGAUCAUGGUCCAGACCUUACGACUAGAAGAGCAACAGAGGGCCAAGGAGGAGAAGAGGCAACGUGAGCUUGAGAAGAAAGAAGCAGAGGAAAUGUCAGCCAAAGAGGUGGAAGAGUGGGAGCAGACUUUGUUGUCAGAGGCAUCCCCCCAUACCGUGGAUACACUUUGGGAACUCCCUGCCAUAGGGCAUUUCCUCUGCCUGGCUCAGACUGCCCUUAAUCUCCCAGAGAUUGUGUUUUUUGAACUGGAGCGUUGUUUGCUGAUGCCCCGCUGCAGCCUCCUGCUCUCUAAAAUCAUGUCUUCCCUACUGUCCCCACCCCAGCGAAGGGCCACUCUGCACCGCCGGCCUGCACUGCCUUACCGCCGCUGGGAGUCAGAGCUCAGGCAGCGGGUCAUGGGUUGGUAUCGAGUUGUUGGUGCCUCCCAUGAUCAGCCAGGUCGGGCUGAGCAGCUGGGACUCUGCCACCAGUUUUUUAGCACCCUUGGUGAGGUGAGUCCUUUGGAGGAGAAACCUUUUCACUCACUGCCCUUUUACCAGCGAGUAUGGCUUCUGAAGGGGCUGUGUGAUCAUGUGUAUGAGACACAGAAAGGUGUGCAGGAUGCUGUGCUGGCCCAGCCCAUCCAUGAAUGUAGAGAGUCUGUUUUGGGCUAUGACAGCAAGGAGAAUGCCUAUAUACAUUUCCCACAUUUCUGUGGUGCAGACUUGAGGAUCUACUGCCAGAGCCCCAGCACACCUCCAGCCUUCCCUUUCCCUUCCGUGUGGGAAUCUUCAAAGAAAAUUAAAGAUGAACCUUCAGUUGAACCAUCAUUUAAGUUGGUGUGCACCAGUCUUGAGGAGUUGCGAGAGCUGAUCAGUAAGACAGAAGACGAACUUGAUGACUUGGAGAGCACCAAAAAGAGACUGGGCCGGUGGUAUUACAGGAGAGAAGCAGUGAAAGACCUCCACAGCACUCUUAUCAGACUACUGAAUGAGCUUUCACCCUGGGAACCCAAACUUGUUAAGGCCUACCAAAGGAACAGGCUUCGUUUGAAGAAGGAAUUUGAUGAUUUCAAGAAGCACCCAGAGUACAAUAACUUUGUUCGUGAGGAGUGUAUUUCGUCAUCAUCAUCAGAUGAAGAUGAAGAGAGAGGUUUGGGGAAAGAGGUGUUUUCACUCACAGAUCAUUAUAGAAGAUCAGAAGAGGAAGACCUGGAACAUAUAGUACCCAGAGGUCUUUGGAGUGGAGCAAGCACUAGGGAUUUUGUGGCUGACUCUGCUGGAGAAACAACGGCGACCUACGUACCUCCCAUCCACCUAAAACACCCUCUGGCCAGCACAGAGAAAGGCGUCAGUCUGCUGUCAAGAGUUCAGACUGGCAGCACUAACAUUACUUCUACACCUGACUCUGGGCCACAGUCUAGAUCUGAACUGAUCCCAUCAAAUCAAUCCGGGGAGUCAAACUCAGCAUGGGGAGCAGGAUUUCCAGCCCAGACUUCACUGUCACCCAGACCCCCCAUUCUCCACCCCACCACUGGACUACCUAAGGGCUACACGCCCAUCCCCACCCUGCUGGCUAAGAGUGUGGGAAAUAAAGUGACCUUAAUGAAACGACCUGCUGAUUGCCCAUGGUUCAACAACAUAGAUAGAAAGAGCAAAGGGUCUUUGGUCUCCCUGCCUACCUCUGCAGUGGCUACUACAAAACUUUCAAAUGCACAAAGUUCUCCAUCCAGUUCCCAGCAGAACUCACAACAAAUGCAGGCACAAGGACUACAACAGACGCAUGUACAUAGUCAGCCAGGAAUGGCCACAGUGACGGCAGCUCCUCUUAAAUCACCACAGGCCAAACCAACCCAGGCUGUACCAAAAAGUCCUGUUCAGGUGGUGUACAAGGUACCUGAGGGGCUGGGUCACCUUGUAAGAAAAGACAGCAGCAGCCCAGUUAAGAUCUCUGUUCAUCCUGUCAUGAACCAGAACACUGGGGAGAAGGUCAUGCAGCAAGUAGUGAUUCUGCCUUCUAACCUUCUUAUUCACAAAACUGAAGAAAAGGUGUCUUCGUUACAUCAACAACAAUCAAAGGGUAUUCAGGUCCCAGUUUCUAAAGUGGCCAGCCCCUUAUGUAUGUCCACCAAUGUGCCUGGGUUCACCAUUCCUGAAAACAGAAUCCCUGUUCAGCAAGUGGCUCCCCUAAAAGAUGCCAGGACAAUGAGAACCCCUUCUCCUUCUGUUUCCCCUCGUCAGCAACAGGGGACCCUGAACGCAGCAGGGUUCAAGGGGUCACAAGUCUGCAGUACCCAAGCUAGCACACCACAAGGUGUCACACCAAACCCCUCGCCCAUCACAACUCCUUCCAGUGCAGUUUCUACUGAGUCUGUUAAAUCUACAGACCCGAAGCAGGAGCUUAAGACUGUGUGUAUCCGAGACUCCCAGUCCAUCCUGGUAACAACAAGAGGAGGCAACACAGGCAUUGUUAAAGUUCAGACAUCAUCAGACCACAAUGCACUUGGCUCUCUGCCCACCAGUCCAGUCAUCACCAUCUCACCUCAGUUUAAAGCCUUCCUCGUGUCCAAGACAUCACCAACUUUUUCUCCUUCUGCUCCCUCUCAGACUUCCCCUUGCACCAUCCCAGCAGUGACAAAUAUCUCAGUAGCCCAACCUCAGAAGCAGGUUCCUUCAGUAUUAAAGCCCCCUUCCACUGUUACAACCCCCAUGCACACUGCAGUCACUGGUAGCAUUCCUGUCACAGGCGCAGGAAGCCAGACUGCAGUCACUGUUGCUUUAAGUCAAGGCUCCAACACCUCAACUUGUUCUACAGUUGCAGCAAAGCCUGGCCAGCUAGCACAGGCAGCUGCUGCCGGUUCUCAUUUUCAAGCAUCAUUAGUAAAAAACACUGUUGUUGUCCCAUCACUGAGUACUUCUGGUGUUUCCCAAGUUCUUACACAAGCAGAAGUCAUCAGCAAGAGUGGUGUGAAACGGGCCAGUACAGAUGAGAGAUCCCAAGUUACUAAAUACAUCCUGGUUACUCCCUCUUCUUCCUCCACCUCAAAUGUAGCCUUACCAACAGGCACACCCUCUUCCACAAAAUCACUUCCUGGUUCAAGAGUCAUGUUCAUCAGUCAGCCUACAGCAACAUCUUCCACCACCUCCAUGGGAAGCAUUCCAAAGCAGACGAUAGCAACAGGGGCAAGUGGACAGCUGCUGAACACGUCAUUAUCAACUCAGACUCGAAAGACUGGAAAAAUCCCAGGCCAACCUAUUGGCAGUGGCAACUCAGAAGCAUUGUCUAAGGUCAAGAACAUCAGUCUACCUUCAGGCGUUCAAAUCCAGUUGUCAGGGAAGACAACAACCAUUGGACAGACUAUUGGUGCCCUGUCAUGUUCUCCUUCCAAGAGCACACCAGUGUCUGUCUCAGAUACAGGCUGUCCAGCAUCCACCGCCUCUGGACUGGUCCUGGUCGCAAGUUCAAAUACCAUCACAACCUGUUCUACCCAGCUUGCUACUUAUGCUUCUCUGACCACCAGCUCUCAUCUCCAGGGUAUCCCUUCCUUCCCCAUGAUCUCCCAAACAGGCUUGUCCACAUCUACUGGUGCCACCCUGCCUACAGGAAACGUGAUAAAGAAGGACCUUGGAAUGUGUGCAAGCGGACCAUGCAGCUUUCCUGCUCAGCAAACCACUACUGUGCAGAGUAGCCAAGCCCAAACCUCCACACCCGCUCUUGUCCGUCAGCACUCAAAAAUCCAAAGUGGCAUUGGUGAGGAAACCUCUUCCUUCUUAGCUUCCACUCAAGUUGCUCUCAAUAAAACUUGUACAUCCAUCUCCUCGGCAACAACCACAAGUAUCCCAUUCACCACCUCUGCUACCGGCACAAUCCAGCAGAGGAUAGUCAUCAACACCUCCACGCCCCUUGCUGCUGGCACACAGAUCCUUCUUAACAGUGCACGCUUUGUAGUCCCUCCCCAGGGUUUGGGUCCAGGCAGUCAUGUCCUUAUCAUCUCUAGCCCUGCACCGCAGCAAGUGCCUAGUACCAGUGCCACUAGCAUUGGAGCGUCAUUACCUUCCCAUGGGGCAAGCAAUGUCACUGUAGCCCCUCGAGCACCAGUUUUACCCCAGUCCCCAGCCAGGUUGUCUGGUGUACCAGCCGCAAGUUCUCCUUUUGUAGCAUGCACACCUGCUGUUGGUCCAUCAUUGCUAGCAACCACUCCCAGUGUCACACCAGUCCAACUAACUGGAACACCUGGCCAAGGCUCAACGUUGUUACCCAGUAAAACAAAUGUAGUGUCUGCUCUGCCUAGAUUGCCAGCUGUGCAUGCUUGUCCCUUUGCAUCACCUCAUGUAGGUACACCCACUCUGGUCUCAUCUCCACCAAGGUUAGGCAGUGUACCAGCGCUACUUUCCCCGGAGGUAACCACUGCUCCUGCUUUUGGCCCAGCACUGGCUGCAAUCAGAUUAGCUGUGGGUACACCCAGGCAAGCUGAAUGUUCAUCCAACAUUUUGCCUGCAGUAGCAAACCCCUUGCCCAGAUUGUCAGCACCGCUAUCAUCCUUGCCUGUUUUACCCAGCCCAUCAGCUGUCUCCCUGCCCAGUCCUGUCAUACCAGUUCCAACACCUCUCUCAGCUGCAGGUCCUCUGGUAGCAGGUACACCUUUGCAUUCUUCUCCUUCUGCCCAGCAGGUGCUUUCAGUGACAACUCCGGGCCCAGGCAUACAGCCCCAGCAGACAGCAGUUAGAAUUGCAGCACCCUCCACAGCUCUUUCACAGGUUUUACUGCCUAGCGGACUAGGCAACACAUCAGUCAAAAAACAGUUGCCUGCAGGCAUGCAGCCAGUGCUUGCUGGCACACGAACACAAGUAUUGCCAACAGUGGCUGUCCCACCAAUUGUAAGUGCGGUGUCUAGGAUGCAGACGCUACCCAUUGCUACAGUUCCACCAAUCGGAAGCACUGUUAACGCCUUUGAAACAGCACCUGUGGUGACCACACCUCCAUCAAGCACCACUGUAAUAAUCACUCCAGCUCAACCUAUCACAUCACUGAAGACAAACAACACCAUCCACCCACCUGUCAUUCUGACCAACCAAGCACUUGGAAAGCACUCUCUGCAGACCUCAGCCUUAGGUAUGCAUACCAAUGUAGCAUCAAAGCUACUAAUUAGCCCUGAUGGUGCUGUUUUGAGUACAGCUCAGUGCCAGGUCAAUCCAGUAGAGCUGAAUGCCUGCCCCAAACCACUGGAUGCACUGGUGGUUUCCCCCAACAGUUCCACUGGAGCACUACACACACAUGAUUCCUCUUUACAGCCUUCACAGGCAAACACAAAGUGAACCAAUUAACUGAGACUGCUAGCUAUGCGAGAACUCAGACACCACUUUUCAGCUGCUUAGUUUCGGCAGGGCUCAUAUCCAUUGCUUGUAGUAAUCCUGGGUUUAGUUAAAGAACUGUUUUUCAGCUGUACUUUGACUCAUAACUUACACUUAGGAUAUAGUAGGUUUUACCCUUUGGUUAGAAUAUCCUAUAGGUAAAAUGUAUGCUCACUCAAACAUACUGGAAAUGUAUACUGUGAUGGUUUUCUCGAGUGAAAACUAAUGAGGUUUGCCUCAGAUGAAUGUUAUAGACUCUUGACUUUCCUUUUUUUAAACCUCAUGGCCAGUAAUGACAACCAUUGUAACAAAUCAGUAGAUAAUGGGAGGGUAGAUGAAAUGAAUUUCAACUCAAGCUUUUGUAAUACUUUUCAAUGCCAUUAGAUAUUGCUUGAAGAAGUAAUAAUUGGGAUACUAUUCAUUGGUACAACUUGCUCUACUUUAUCUGUCAGUUUGAACAAUACAACUGUCUGUAUCGAGAUUUUGUCACAUUGUCCUUGUAACUGUUUGAGAACUACAUUUUACUUUUUAGCAAUAUAAAUAAACUAAUAGAUGAAUUUGUACUACAUGUUUGCGCCCAUAUAAAAUGUUUUGAAGUCACAUUUAUUUAUUUUUACCAUAUAGAUUUUUCAAAAAAUAUUUACUAGGUACAUUUUCAUUGAACAAAUGUGGACGUUAUU